AUGACGUCCUCACCCAACACAGUUCUCAUCAUGGGCUGCAGUGUCGGCAGCAUUGGCUCAGCACUUGCCCUCGAAUUACACUGCCGUGACUUGCAUGUCUUCGCUUCGGCCCGCAACCUCAACAAGAUGGCUCACCUGGCCAACCUUGAUCGUGUUUUGCUGUUGCAACUCGACGUGACCUUACAAGCCAGCAUCACCGCUGCCGCUGCCCAAUAUGUCACUCCCACCAUGGAAACCAACCUUAAUUCUGCCCGCUCCAUGUUUGAGGUCAACGUCUUUGGUGUUGCCGCUGUCUGCCAGACCUUCGCCUCACUCAUCACAACCGCCCGUGGAAUUAUUGUCAACAUCUGCUCCAUCUCUGCUCACGUGCACACUCCUUGGAUGGGCUUCUAUGGUGCCUCCAGGGCUGCCGCUGAGGUAAUGAGCGAGACGAUGCGCCUGGAAAUGGCCCCUCUAGGCGUCCGUGUCAUAUCCCUCGUCACAGGAGCCGUCACCUCCAACAUUAUGACCAAUGGUACCAUCUCAGAGCUCUCAGAUACAUCACCCUUCAAGUCUGCUGAGAAAGAGAUAGUCGCUCUAGCCAGAGGCAAAAAUGGUCAUGCUCGCAUGCCCGCUGAAACAUUUGCCAUAAAGGUCGUCGAUGAUGUGUUCGGUGGUGCUCAGGGAAAGCUGUGGAGAGGACAGAUGGCCUCGAUCAUCUACUGGCUUACCAAGCUCACGCCCUUGUCAGUAUUGGUAAGAUAA